AUGGCUCACUCCUCUGACUACCACAACCAUAGGGAAAUGACCAACGGGCGAGGACAUCCUCUCCCCCACCCUCACAAUGGGGGAGGCUACCCUCACCCCCACAAUCACAAUGGGGGAGACCACCCUCACUCUCACCCCCACAAUGGGAGAGGCCACCCUCACUCCCACAAUGGGGGCCAUGGGGGCCAGGCUGGGGGGUUCCACUCGACAAACCGCUACAUGCAGAAGAAGCAUCACCGCCACAGGGGAGGCAGGUCCUCACCCAUGGGCAGAGUCAUCCUCAUCAACUCUCCUGUCGAUGGUGGGGAUGACUGUGAAGACCUCCACACAGUGACAGUAGAUAAGAGUGCAGACGGCCGUCUGGGAUUCAGUGUUAGAGGUGGUUCCGAACACGGACUCAGCAUCUUCGUCAGCAAGAUAGAGGAUGACAGCUCUGCAGAGCAGGCAGGUCUCUGUGUAGGGGACAAGCUGGUGGAGGUGAAUGGUAUCAGCCUGGAAAGCAUCACUAUGAGCAGUGCUGUGAAGGUCCUGACGGGGAACAACAGGCUGAGGAUGGUGGUGAGACGUGUGGGGAAAGUCCCUGGUAUACGCUACUCCAAGGAGAAGACUACAUGGGUGGAUCUGAUCCAGAGGCGUAUGGUAGUAGAGGAGAGUGGUCGUACUCCUUCAGAUGCCAGUUCAGACAGUGUUCUCCGUAGGAUGGUUCACCUCUACACAACCUCAGACGACUACUGCCUGGGAUUCAACAUCAGAGGGGGCAAGGAGUUCGGACUGGGCAUCUACGUCUCUAAGUUGGACCCUGGGGGUCUGGCGGAGCAGCAUGGCAUCAAGAUGGGCGACCAGAUCCUGGCGGCCAAUGGGGUGAGCUUUGAUGGCAUCACCCAUAGCAAUGCCGUGGAAGUUCUGAAGAGCCACACCCACAUCAUGCUGACCAUCAGGGAGGCAGGAAGAUACCCUGCAUACAAAGAGAUGGUGGCUGAAUACAGCUGGCUCAGCAAAAUGGCCAAUGGAGGGCCUCCGUCCUCCUCCCAGGGAUCUGACUCUUACUCCUCGGCCUCCUCCCUGUCUUCCACCCCCCUCAGCUCCCUUAGUGGUCUCUCCCAGGUCCUCUUCCCCCCCGCCUUUGGCUCCGACAUGGUGGACGUCUGCAUCUCCACUGAGGACCGCUCUCGCCGCACCAGCAGCUCCGAACGCACCGCAGAGACCGCCAUGCAGACUGACCUACACCCCCCCUUGGACUCUAACGCACCCCACUCGCCUCAUGGAAGGCUGGUUGCCAUGGAAACAAGCCGGACGCUAGGCGCCACUGUGAUUUUGAAGGACACACCAAUUCGGGGGAAAGGAGAGGGUCCUGUGGAAAGGGGAGGGGCUGGAGAUGGGGGAAGGGGCAAAGGGGGGAUGUUGUCACCAGGGGAACAGGACGUGGCGCAGGACUCCCCGAAAACGGCGGUGCUUAUGGCCCUGAGCAGACCGAGAAAGCCCAUCAGACGAUCCCAGAGCCAUAUCACAGUUACAGAGGACAAGCAGAAGAAGAAGAAGCAGGGAAAGGAGAAGAGUGCAGGAGAGAGAGAGGGCAGCAAGACCCUGCAGCGCUCCAAGACCUUCGUCAGCCUCCUUUUCAAGAGAGAUGCACGGAGAGAUAUGUCCAGGAACAGAAGAGAGAGAGACACAUCACGGGACAGUAGAGAGACAGGGACAGGGGACUCCCACAGGGGUCGAUUUAAAUCACCCUCCCACCAUGCUGACAAAGAUCCCGAUAAAGAGAGGGGUCGUCCGUUCCAGCUGCUGACCGCUCCAAGGGAGACCCGUGCUGGGGUGAAGGACAGCAGCCCCCUGCUUCACCCUGAGACCCUGGGACAAGUGGAGAACAUGGCCAGGAAACUGCUCAGUCAGGACGAAGUCACUGCAGUCAUGAGACACUGUAAGCGGUUUAUGUUGGCGUGUGUGGUGGAGGAUCUAGUACACCCUCUACUGGCCAUACUGGACCGACCUGAGAAACUACUACUGAUACGAGAGAUCAGGAUGCUGAUCCCUCCUACAGAGAUGGGCCGUUUUGACAGUAUUGUCAUGCCCUUUGAACUGGAGGCCUACGACAUACUGAAGAGCCGCUCAUUGAGGUCUCCUGUCCUGCGCUCUCCUCGCAGUGGAACCCCUCGACGACACCUCAUCACCCCCAUACCAGACUACCAUGGUGGUUUCCAGCUUCAGCCAGCCAAGGACUUGGGGAGAGACCGUCAGCUGAUGGAAGACCUAGAGAGACUACGUGUGUCUGGCCUCCAGGAUGGUCUCCUGCCCCCUUCCCGUGCUUUCACCCCCCUCUUGGAUGUCCCCGUGGACAGCUACACCCACCACACCCCACGCUCACGCUCUCCGAGCCCCUCACCCCCCAACUGGCUCCUCACAGAAUCCUCACACACUACCAGACGCCAACCCCAAACCAACCACUCUCCCCAUAGGCGAGACAAUGGUUUGUCCUGGCCCCGGCACUAUGAUGAGACCUCAUUGCUGUCGGAAGAUACCACUCCUGAGCGGGGGCGGUUGCCGGUGAGGAACGAACAUAAUGGAAGGGUCAGGAGGGACCAAUGGGAGGGCGGCUCUGAGAGGAAGGGAGGGAUGGCCGAGGGGUAUAUGGAGGUGAGAGUACACUUACCCCCCAGGAACAUUCAACCCACCCUGGCUCAGGUGCUUGAGCCCCCCCCAAAGGACCGAAGCCCCUCGACAGGGAGGGAGAGGGGGGGACAAGGGCAGAGAGGGAAGGUGAAGCAAGUGAACAGACUUUCGCCGGGACGGUCGCAGAAUGGUCACCAUGGAAACGCAACACCUGUAGCCAUUCAGGAGUAUGAGAUCACCACGGUGACCAUCUCCAAAACGAAACAGUCUCUGGGUAUCAGUAUCUCAGGUGGGAUGGAGUCCAAGGUGCAGCCUGUGAUCAAGAUAGAGAAGAUCUUUCCAGGAGGAGCUGCCUCUACCAGUGAUGUUCUGAAGGCUGGGUAUGAGCUGGUGUCGGUGGACGGUGAGUCUCUGCAGCGUGUGACCCAUCUUCAUGCGGUGGACGUAAUUCGCCGGGCAUUCAGCAACAAGGCCAAAGACUCCAUGGUGUUCAUCGUCAAGGUCCCCAAGAGCCCUGCUGACUAG